ACACACACACACACACACACACACACACACACACACACACACACACACACACACACACACACACACACGGUCUCUUACACCUUCCUCUCCCCACGACAUCAGCACUUGGCACAGGGGAGGCUCUGGAUCCCAGGUUGCAGCAGAGAGAGAGAGAGAGAGAGAGAGAGAGAGAGAGAGAGAGAGAGAGAGAGAGAGACAGUUCAAAGACCCUCAGCACCCACAUGUGCCUGGGUGGAUCAUGGAGCUGCACUGUCUUCCUACUGAGACCCCAACCACAGCUAGCUCCUGCUCCACGGACCCCUUGUACGACAACUGCCCACCUUUUGCCCAGCGAGGGAGCAAAAGGGCAAAGGCAAUGGAGAGCAGGGUUGUGUGCCCGGCUGUAACCAGACUCUCAGGCCCCUGCUGCCCUCCACCUUGUCCGGCCCCAGCUGUGGCUGAGGGUCCCUCACUGCUCAGUGGGGGAAGAGAGGCUGGCGCCUGGCCAGAUCACAGCUACUGCAGCUGGAGAGGAGCUUUGGGAAGACAGGGCUGUGAAGCAGAGCGGGUUCCCAUCAUAAACAGAGCCAGAGAAGUUGAGGACAGAUCUCAUCAGAACCAGAGCCCAAAUCCAUCGCAGAGCGAGGAGCACCGGAGCGCUCUCUCUGUGUACGAUAACCUCCCUGAAGCUGUCACCCCUGACAGCCUCCAAGACGUCUUUGAGAUGGAAACCAGCUUCCAGGAGCAGAUGUACCAGGCGUGGCUCCCUGAGCACUUCCAGGGACUGAUGGACGGCGAGGGAGUGAGUGAAGGCAAGAGUGCCUGGUCCUCCUGUGAGAUCAUCCUCGCUGACAAUAACCAGGACCAGAACUCAGAAGAAGACAAAAAGCAUGAUCAGGAGCCAGAGCUGGACCCUGGAUCCUGUGGAUUUCAGAGGGGGGACCCGAUGCUGCAGCUCCAGAUGUCCUACCCUCAACAGCGUCUUACAGCAACUUCCCCUCAACAGAGCCAGGUUCUGUGGCCCUCAGCUGAAACCCAGCAGCCAUCCUGGUCUCCCAGGGUGCCCCCCCCUGUACCCCUGGCAGACCCCUCUGCCAGUGCCCUCCGCAGCAUCCUCACUGGUCUCCAACAGCAAAUAGUCCGACAGAGGGAGGAGUACGAGGCACGAAUACACAGCUUAGAGCAGAGAAAUGAAGAGCUGCAGGUCGAGGUGGUUCGGUUGAAAACAAACCUCUCACAGCAGCGACACUGGUACCAGGCCGUCGAGGAUAAGAUCACUGAGUCUGAAAGGAUCCGGGCCGCCGCAGAACAACGCAACGCCACUCUGCAGAAGGAGAUGGAGCAGUUCUUCGACACCUUCGGAGAGCUCAACAAUGAGGCCAAGAAGACAGAGUAUAUCGUCAAAAGCUUUUGAAAAGAGAAUAUAUGAAUUGUAUGGAAUUAAAUGAAUUGUGUGUGAUGAAAUUAACUGUAUGUGAGAAGGACAAGACUGGUUAGUCUUUAAACUCUAGUGAGUAGCCUAUCAUGUAAAGUAGCUUGUCACUAUCAAAGCCAAAUACUUCCGUCUCUAAUUGAAAAUGGUGGUCUGCAGUUAUUUCUUCAUUGAGAAUAUACAAAACAUCACUGAAAGAAUAAUCACUGAUGUCCACUUUAUUUGUUACGUAACGGCAAAGAUGUUGGCCGGGGGAUUAUAUUGUGGUCAUUGCAAUCAGACAUCUCUGACAAUGAAAGGAGAAAUAAACAAAACAAAGAUGUGAGCUGCACAGUGUAUACAAUGAACAUGUGUUUUCUUUUAAAACAUGGUGAACGAUGUUCUGAUCACUGUAAUGCUCAGUCCUUAGCUGAUAAGAUUUGUGGGGGUAAAUCAGCCGCUCCUCACGUCAUUAAAAGAUACGACUGAAAGAAUAAGGUCAGUUAUUUUAAAAGGAAAAUAUAACGUACAAUAAAGUCCUCUGCGUCUCCAUAGUGUCAUAAUUCUGCAUCUCCAUCACCCUGUGCAACAAGUUCUGCAGAAAGCAGCUCCAGUCCAUUUCCACCAUCAUCAUCAUCAUCAUCGAGUUUCCAUCAUGAAUCCUUAAGUCCAGAUUUUCAUUCAGUCUCAUUUUAAACUUCCACGUGUCUUUUUGUAGAGGGGUCAACUUCCUCCUUACCUUACAGUUGCUGUUUAUAAAGGAGAUAAUGAAGGAGAUAAUUGCAGUACAUUUAUAUAACACACGCACUGGCUUACAAGGCGAAGAAAAUACAACAUCUGCAUCAAACAGGCAUUCAGAACAUCGAGGUACUGGAAGUAAAAUAAAUGAACGGAUUAUUUCUUUAUAACAAGAACUACGGUAUCUUAUUGGCAUCUCUAAUGCCUUCAUGCAAGUUAAACACCAUUAUUUGUGUUUGACUGCCUACAGGUGUUCUAUAAGAAGUCUGAUUCACGAUGAGUUUUGGGACUGCUCCAGUACUGAUGGAAUGGUCUAGAAAAGGAGCAGCCGAUGCGUUGAUUUUUGAAUGAAAUGUUUCGA